CCCAGUCGCCAAUCGAGAAGGCCCCCAACUUCUCUUUCGGUACCAGUUUGGCAAAAACAGACUCCGAUUCUCUCGUUUGGAUGCUUAGGCACCUGCCCUGGCACAAUGUUUCCCUCAGAUGUGUGCUAAGCCCUGCGAGUUUGAGAGCCACAGCUGAGGGAAGGCCAAGACAAAAUGGCCGCUGAGGAAGGACGCGCCUCGCCAUCCCUGAGCCUGCAGUUCCGGGUUGCGCUCGGACAGCACGGCGGGAUAAAAACGGAGGCCCAGGAUCCGGCCGACGCUCAUGAUAUCCAGAUGGUGUGCAUCGGCGAGCCUCAUGGGUGGACUGCCUCGACCCAUGUCAAGCCGGAACUGGAGGAAGUGCAUUGGGAAACCCGAGAAAACGAGGUGUUCUUGAAGGCCAGGCCGUCCCCUCGCUCAGGGUGGGGAAGCCUGACACCGUGUCAGGAGGCCCUGCCUUGGGACGGGGUCAAAGUGUUCCCAGCCUCCUUUGAGGGAGCAUUCACAACUUGCAAAUGGCUGGCCAGAGAGUGGGGGUCUUGGCAGAGGACACCCGCCUCUGAAAUGGAAGGGCAACGAGCGACUGGCACACCGGACAGCGCCAGAGCGAGGAGGGGCAGCAGGAAAGGGAAGGCCGCUGGUCUUCUGAGCGGUGCGGUCGGGGCAGAGGCCCAGCGCCAGCAGUUCAGGCGUUUCUGCUACCAAGAGGCCGAGGGUCUGCACAAUGCCUACGGCCAACUCCGGAGCCUGUGCCAUCGGUGGCUGAAACCGGAGAGGCACUCGAAGGAGCAGAUUUUGGAGCUGGUGAUAAUGGAACAGUUCCUGGCUGUCCUGCCCCUGGAGAUGCAGAGCUGGGUCAGGGAACAGGAGCCUGAGACCUGCGCCCACGUGAUCGCCCUGGCUGAGGAUUUCCUGCUAAGGCAACAAGAGGCAGAACAAUUGGGGCAGGAGGAGCUGGGACCCUUUGUGGAGGUGAUGGUGAAUUCUCCCGAGGGAGAGCAAGUUCCAUCGGAUGCUUGGCAGCGGCCGCUCUUCAAGGAAAUCAAGCAGAAGGGCGACCGAGAUGCAGAAACACUCGACAGCACUACGACUUCUCAGGAAGAGGAAGAGGUCGGGCAGCAAAGAGGUUCGGAGUUAACAGAAGCACGAAGGAUGUUCCUGGGCAAAUCUGCCAGCUGCCUCACACUGAGGUGCGAGAGCUUUGAGGAAGCUUGUGGAUCGAAGCGGCAGCAGGAGUGGCUUCCCGCAGUGACUUGGGGGGAGCUGUCGCACCGGUCGGAAGCAGACGGGCCUGUUCCUGAGGCGGCACUCCACGCCGUGGCGGUCAAGUACCUUUGCCCCGAGUGCGGCCGGAACUUCCAGCACAAAUCGACCUUAAUCCGCCACCAGAAGAUACACACGGGCGAGAAGCCCCACGUCUGCCUUGAGUGCGGGAAGAGCUUCCGCCGCAGGGACAAGCUGAUCCGGCACCAGAGGAUCCACACGGGGCAGAAGCCCCACGAGUGCGCCGAGUGCGGGAAGAGCUUCCGCGAGAGGGGGAAGCUCACCAACCACCAGAGGAUCCAUACCGGCGAGAAGCCCUACGCCUGCCCGGCCUGCAAGAAGACCUACCGCUGGAAGGAGGAGUUUGUGAAGCACCUGAGGAUCCACACGGGCGAGAGGCCCUACGGGUGCCUGCACUGCGGCAAGGCCUUCAUCAGCAAGGCCCACCUGGUCUCCCACCACCGCAGCCACACCGGGGAGAAGCCGUACGAGUGCGCCGAGUGCCGCCGGCGGUUCUGCAGCAAGCAGAGCCUCGCCAAGCACCAACGGGUCCACGCGGAAGAGAACGCCUACGAGUGCCAGGACUGCGGGAAGGUCUUCCGCUAUGUUUCGAACUUCGCCAAACACCAGAGACUCCACACGAGCGACAGGAUCCUCUCUUCCCUUCCAAACCGCUUGCAUGUCUGCACACCCUGCAGCUUCGUGAGGUCUAAAGCUUCACAGCCUGGGCUUGCGGAAAGAACUGGUAACUUGGGCUCGGGCGGACGUUUGCCAGGAAGAAAUAAAAUGGCAGCCAAGCCGAGGGACGGAUUGGUGCUGGGUCUCCAGCCCGAGGCUGGGCCUCAACAGGGAGUGAAAAUGGAGCAACCGGACCUAGCGGUCCUUGACCCAGGAGUGGGGAACAGCCCUCACGUCAUGCAGGCCAGGAAUACCAGGGAAUUCUGGGAGAGAAACGUGUCGGGCCCUGUCAAGCAGGAGCCACAGAAGGGGCUUCAGCAGCCAUGGGAGGCCCAGCUACAGGAGUUCCUCAGAGCGAUGGAGUCUUCCCACUCUGACGGGAGAAACCCGCACCAGCGGACGUUGGCGUUGCGGGACGAGGCCCACCCCGUCCUGCCUCCUUCGGUGGGAAUGGAUGGCGCCAGGCCGCAUCUGAGGAGAGAGAUGACAACCCCUCUCCUGCCAGGGCCCUGCAGAGAAGCCCAACAGCCAGCUAACAGCCUCUUGGCCAAAGAGACGGGAGAGUCCGGGAAAGUCAAGGAAGAGGUCCUGGGGGAAGAGGAGAACGGCGUGGCCGUUGGCAUGGAUGCCGAGCGCCAGCGCUUCCGGCAGUUUGGCUACCGGGAGGCCGAGGGGCCUCGAGAGACUUGCAGCCGCCUCUGGGAUCUUUGCCACUGGUGGCUGAAGCCGGAGAAGCGCAGCAAGGAGCAGAUCCUGGAGCUGGUGAUCCUGGAGCAGUUCCUGGCCGUCCUGCCCUCGGAGAUGCAGAGCUGGGUCAGGAAAGGCGGGCCGGAGAGCUGCUCGCGGGCGGUGGCCUUGGCGGAAGACUUCCUGCUAAGGCAGCGGCCCGAGCAGGUGCCGGGGGUGUCCAAGGACGGGGCUGCCAAGAUCCCUGAAGUGGAGGCAUCUCCCUCGGGUGCCUGGCCAAGGCCUCUGUUCAGAGAGAUCAAACAGGAAGGCGACAGGGAUGCGGCCUUGCUGGCAGGUGGUGGGCAGAAGCAGAACAUACAAGAAAAUGCCAGGAAACGGGAACCGUACUGGGUGUUGUCAGGAAGAGGCGGGCAGAAUGCCUCUGGCUGGCCCAAUCAGGGCAAAGCGGCUGCCAGCCAGGAGGAAGCGUACCCCGAGAAAGAAGGGGACAAGUUUAUAAAUUCCCAGGGCAGGUACGUGGAAUUCGAUGGGAAUGUGACCCAGCUCACCGUCCCUGCACCAAGCGAGUCGCAGAAGCCGGGUCACGAGAGGCAGAAGUCCUGCGCCCACUGCGGGAAGGACUUCCAGCUGAAGUGCAACCUGCAGGCCCAUGAGAGGACCCACACGGGCGAGAAGCCCUACAAGUGCUCCGUCUGCGGGAAGGGCUUCAGCACGAGGGCCUACCUGAUCACCCACGAGAGGAUCCACACGGGCGAGAAGCCGUACCAGUGCUCGGACUGCGGCAAGAGCUUCUGCGACAACUCCAACCUGAUAGUCCACCGGAGGACCCAUACUGGGGAGAGGCCCUACAAGUGCACGGACUGUGGGAAGAGCUUCCGGGAGAGGCCGGUGCUGAUCCGGCACCAGCGGAUCCACACGGGGGAGAAGCCCUACAAAUGCAGGGACUGCGGAAAGAGCUUCAGCCAGAGCUCGGGCCUCCUGGUGCACGAGAGGACCCACACGCGAGAGAAGCCCUACACGUGCACGGACUGCGGGAAGAGCUUUGGCGGCAACUCGAACCUCAGGGUCCACAUGAGGAUCCACACUGGGGAGAAGCCCUACAGGUGCUCAGACUGCGGGAAGAUCUUCAGCGACCGCUCGCUUCUCAUGCGGCAUCAGAGCACCCACCAAGAGGGGAAGUGUUAGAAAAAAUGGCGGGGAAACAACACACAACCUGGGGUUUCAUAGUUCCAUACUGUCUAGGAAAAUGACAUUUUGAUGCACACAUGUACGCCACUCUCACGUACGUUUAACGUGCUGUGGUACCGCUUUAAACAGUCAUGGCUUCCCCCAAAGGAUUCUAGGAGCUGUGUUCUGUUAAAGGUGCUCAGA